AUACUAGUCGGCGUGCGCCCUACACUACACUACACUACACUACACUACACUACACUACACUACACUACACUACACUACACUACACUACACUACACUACACUAUCCAUAUCUCUGUUCCGACAUCUAUUGCCACUCCUCGAUACUGAACUUUCAGUGAAAGAUACGCAUACGGACGAAGACGAUCAAAAAGGCCCCUUACACUAUGCCCGCCGACCCACCAGGUUUCUUCCCCCCGGCCAACGUCAUCCCCCCACUAUCACUCCCUCACAAACAAACCAUGAUUCUCCUCCACGGCCGCGGGUUCAGCUCGAGCACCUUUGGCCCCGACCUCAUCUCCACCUCUUUCCCCUUGCCCCCGUCCCCAUCUCUCUCCCCUGACCCUAUUCUCUCACCGGCACCGGCACCGGCGCCGGCAAAGGAAGAGGAGGAGGAAGUGAAGAAGGAAGGGGAGGAAGGAGGAGAAGAGGAGGAAGAGGAAGAGCGAGCCGCCCUCGGGUCGCUGCGCACCCUGCGCACGCUCUACCCGCACGCCAAGUUCCUCCUCCCCACGGCGCCGCGCCACCGGGCCACCAUCUACGCGCGCAGCCUCGUGCGCCAGUGGUUCGACGGCUGGCACCUAUACGCCCGUGACGACGACGACGGCGACGAGGAGGAGGAGGAGGAAUGGCGGUGCAUCCCGGGCCUGCGAGACACCGUCGCGCACGUGCACGAGCUCGUCCGCGCCGAGGCGGCGCUGGUCGGCGGCACGCGGAACGUCGUCCUGGGCGGGCUCAGCCAGGGGUGCGCGGCCGGCCUCGCGGCGCUGCUGCUGUGGGACGGGGAGGAGCCGCUGGCCGGGUUCCUGGGCAUGUGCGGGUGGCUCGUCUUUGAGCGGGCCCUCCGCCGGGCGAUGUCGGAAGGGGAGGGAGACGGCGGGGAGGAAGGGGAAGAUGACGGGUUUGAUCCGUUUGAGAGGGAGGAGGAGGAGGAGAACGAGGACGGGGGCGGGAUGGGCGAGAAGCAGGAAGAGGUGAGCGUGGAGGCUAAGGUGGUGAGGGCGCUGCGGGAGACGCUGGAGCUGGAUGAUGGAAAGGGGCCGACGUGCCGGCCGAGGGCGUUCGAUACCCCCGUGUUUCUGGGGCACGGGCUGGACGACGACAAGGUCCCAAUUUCCCGUGGAAGGGGUUCUGCCAAGUUCUUGAAGGCCGCCGGGAUGCACGUCGAGUGGAAAGAGUACCACGGCCUCGGCCACUGGUACUCCCCGGCCAUGCUCUCCGACAUGGUGUCGUUCCUAGCACACCAAACCGACUGGGAUCGUGACAGAAAACCGUCGUGA